GGUCGCUUCUGGCUCGGAGCUCGGAGUUCGGAGUCUGUGUUUUCUUCCCGCUGGCUGCCUUUGUUCACUCCGAGACACAAAGUGCUUAUAAAAGAAGGAACAUGUCCGCCGUGCAGCUGCUGCGGGUGUCGGUACAUGAGCGGAUCAGCGCUGCCGCCGAAGACUUUCUGCUGCAGGUGGAGAAAGGAGGAGGAAAGGAUCAAGUCCCGUCGCUGAUAGCGAUGCUGACCGAGCGGCUAAUGGCGGCAGCAGAGGAGAUCCUCGCGGUGCUUGAGGAAACCGUGGCAGAGUACGAAGACAGAGUGGAGCAGUCCGAGCGUUCAGAGCUGGAGAUCUGCCGCCAGAGGAGGCUGCUCGAUGCCGCGAUGAAGCCCGUAGUCCGGCUGCACAGAACAGACUUCCUGCAACUGGUGGUGAUUAAAGAAGAGGAUCCCCCUGAGCAGCAGCAGUGGGGCCCCCUUGUGGACCAGGAAGACCAAGAGCCCCCCCACAUUAAAGAGGAGGAACCGUGGACUAAUCAGGAUGGACAGCAGCUUCAAAGACUGGAGGAUUCUGAUAUCAAGUUCACAUGGACUCCUGUCGCUGUGAAGAGUGAAGAAGAUGAAGAGAAACAUAAAUUGUCAAAUCUUCAUCCGAGUGAGAUGAAGGAGAAUAGAGCGGAGUGUGGAGGACCAGAACCAGUCAGGAACUCAGGUCCUGAUGGAUGCUUACAAACAGGUCCUGAAGACAAGACUGAAGACUCUUCUGAGACUGAAGUCAGUGAGGAUGAUUGGAUGGAGACCAGGGAACCUCAAUCUGGUUUAAAUACAAGAAAUAACCAACACCCUCUAAUUGAUAUCGGAUGUAAGACAGAAAAAAAAAAGUUUAGUUGCCCUGAGUGUGGUGAAAGAUUUACCCAAAGGGGCAGUCUAAAUAUACAUAUGAGGAGUCAUACAGGAAAGAAACCCUUUAGUUGCUCCGAGUGUGGUAAAACAUUUAGUCAAAAUUACCAACUGAAAUUCCAUAUGAGCAUCCAUACCAGAGAGAAUCUAGUUAGUUGCUCUGAGUGUGGUAAACGAUUCAGCAGAAGGUUUGAUUUAACGAGACAUAUGAGGACUCAUACGGGAGAGAAACCGUUUAGUUGCUCUGAGUGUGGUCAAAGAUUUACCCAAAGAAGCAGUCUAAAUACACAUAUGAGGAGUCACACGGGAGAAAAACCAUUUAGUUGCUCUGAGUGUUGUAAAAGAUUUACCCAAAGGGGCAGUCUAAAUAUACAUAUGAGGAGUCAUACAGGAGAGAAACCGUUUAGUUGCUCUGAGUGUGGUAAAAGAUUUACCAAAAGGGGCAGUCUAAACACACAUAUGAGGAGUCAUACAGGAGAGAAACUCUUUAGUUGCUCCGAGUGUGAUAAAACAUUUAGUCGAAAUUACCAACUGAAAUUCCAUAUGAUCAUCCAUACCGGAGAGAAUCAAGUUAGUUGCUCUGAGUGUGGUAAAAGAUUUAGCAGAAGGUUUGAUUUAACGAGACAUAUGAGGAGUCAUACGGGAGAGAAACUUUUUAGUUGCUCUGAGUGUGGUAAAAGAUUUAGUCGAAAUUACCAACUGAAAUUACAUAUGAGCAUCCAUACCGGAGAGAAUCUAGUUAGUUGCUCUGAGUGUGGUAACCGAUUCAGCAGAAACUCAGAUUUAACGAAACAUAUGAGGAGUCACAGAGCUUGCACAGUCACAGAGUUAGUUGGUUUAGGUUAGGCUAUAUCGCGGAAAUGUUACGGGCACUGAGCAACGACAUGGUGCAAGCAUUCGAUUUAGACAGCGUCUCUCCUCAGGACAUGAAAACAUUCUGUAACGUUUUAGUAUUAACAUCGCUACACUGGCUUCCGUUUAAAUCUAGAAUAGAAUUUAAAAUUCUCCUCCUCACCUUCAAGGCCCUUAAUAAUAUGGCGCCAUUUUACCUUAAAGAGCUGUUAGUACCCGAUCAACCCACUAGAGAACUCCGCUCCCAGUCUUUUUUGAUCAGUUUUAACUAGGGAUGCACCGAUAUGGAAAUUCUUGGCCGAUACCGAUACCGAUAUUUAAAAUAACAAUCUGGCCGAUAGCCGAUACCGAUAUUUGUUUAUUUUCUUUUUGUUGUUAUUCAUUCACCCCUUUGUGCCAGAAAAAUAAUUAAAUAAUUAUUUAAAAAGCACUAUUCAUCACUCUUAUCUUUUAAUGAGCACAAAUUGAAUCAGAUUUAUGAAACAAUCUCUGAUUUAACUAAACUUUAUUUAACAGAGACAUAUUAGGCCCAUUUUACCGCAAGUUGAAAUGGUUCCUUGGGAUCUUAAUGAAAUGUCUGUAACAUAUUUUGGUCAAAAUACCACAAGAAUAAUUUAAAACAGCACCUUUUACCCUGUCUAAAACAGCCCUGUUAAAGUAUCAUUAUAGAGAACGCUCUUCUCAUUGAUUUACGGUAGCAGUAUUGCCCGUUUAUUAGAUGUGUUACGGCUUCUGUGUGUAUAACGUAUGUUGUCAAUUCCCUUGUUACCUGUGCAUGAGACGGAUGAAUAGAGCCGGUGCACAUGAGAAUAAAGUACUUAAACAGACGCUACGCUCAUACUUUUUACGCCAAGUUACACUGCGUGAGUCAAGAUAACUUAACAAGCCCUCCUCAGUUUUACCUGUUUUGAGUGUCGGGCAGAAAUCACAUCGCGUCAUCACCCACCGUG